UUAUGAUCUGUACUGACUUUCCUGAGCUGCCGAAAAUGUGAAAUUGUUUGUUUAUUAUUUAUUUGAUUAUUAUCAGUUAUCCGAUUAUUCUAUAUGUUUAAAGACUCCAAGAAUAGUUUAAUAGUGAUUUAGUGCUACGUGUAAAAAUAAAUACAAAUCAAUAUGUCGGAAAAAGAUAAAUCAAAGUCGAACACGCAAACAAAAUAUGUCCCGAAAGACGCUCAAGUUAUCAUGUCCAUUAUGAAAGAAGUAGGUAUCGCAGACUAUGAGCCGAGGGUGGUAAACCAACUAUUGGAGUUCACGUACCGCUACGUAACCUCAAUUUUGGAUGACGCGCGUGUAUUUGCUAAUCAUGCAAAGAAGAAAACCUUAGACUUAGAUGAUGUGAGGUUAGCCGUGCAGAUGCAGUUGGAUAAAUCUUUCACCAGCCCUCCUCAGCGGGAAGUGCUUCUCGAAAUUGCUAGGGUGAAAAAUGUGAACCCGUUACCUUUGAUCAGGCCACAUUGUGGUUUGAGAUUACCACCCGAUCGAUAUUGUUUAUCAGGAGUGAACUACAGAUUAAAACCUGCAACCAAGAAGGUGAUCACAAAACCCACUGUUGUGUCCACACCAGCAAUCAAAACUAUAACAACAGCAAAACCUACACCCGGCCAUCAAAAUGUGGUGGUAAAGAGGCCGCCGGGAACCAUAGUGAAUGUAUCCAAACCUAAUGUUGUUCCGAAACCUGUACUGAAGUUCACUUCAACUAGUAAGGUGAUCGCCAAACCAGCGGUUCGCGUGACUGCAGGCCCAUCAUCUCAAGCUCCUGUCAAGAUGGAGGUGGAUGAACAGCAACAGACGGCUCAGAAACGGAAGCGUGAGGACGACGACUAUGACUUGUUGUAAACAUAAGUUUUAUACUCAAAAAGAUUAUAGUUUGUAAAUUAUUUAAAUAUAUGCAUAGAUAAUUUUUUUAUGGUACACUCGUUGGUGCUUGCGCUAACUAUAUACGCUGGCGGGGCACCAGUGGAGGGUAAUAAGAUGAUUAUGAGGUCAGGUCAGUGAUCGUGGUUAAUUCACCAAGAAUUUAACAUGAUGGUUUCCAGGAGGAACCGUAUGGUCAACCUGACGUACAUUGCUAGCAAUGAGAUAAAUAUUAAUGUAAUGCCUUUUUUACAUAUAGUUAAUUGUAAGCUAAAUGUAAUUUGUUACUAUACAUUAUAUUUUAUUAUAGCUUA